UCUAAACCAAACUCUUUUCGGAAAGAAUAAAAAAUUGAAUAACAAUUCAAAUACAGUUGUUGAUGCAAGUGUUACGGGUUGUACACUACCAAUACUCAAUUUCUGCAUCAAAUAAACGAUCGGAUUAAUUUUCUUUGAGUACCCGAGGAAGAGGGCGUAAUAUUGUGUUCAAAACACGACAGAAUUUCGUACAAAUCCCCAAGCUCCUCUCCCUUCAUAAGGAAGCUCUGUAUCGCUAGAAGGCAAAAGACUCAAGAUUGCAGCGUGAACUUGAAAGAAUGGAGGGGGGAAGUAAUGCUACAAGAAAUGACUCCGACUGCCAACAAAUCGAUUUACCUUUCACACACAGGUUUUUGCCAACGGUGUACAUACUUGUCUUCGCAAUCGGAUUUUCAGCAAAUGUGCUUGGACUGAAAUCGGUCUACAAUGGCUGGAAGAAACUUGGAAAUAUUAACGUUUUUAUUUUAAACCUCGGUAUUGCAGACUUCCUAUAUGUUUUCACGUUGCCGUUUCUGGUCACGUAUUACGCCGCGAACAGCACGUGGAUUUUUGGGCAAACGUUUUGCAAAAUAACACGAUUCUGCUUCAAUUUGAAUCUUUAUGGCAGCAUCGGUUUCCUCACAUGCAUAAGCAUAUACAGAUACCUAGGCAUAGUCCAUACUAUGAAAGUGAUGGGAAAAAUAAAUACCAGGAUGUCUGCGAUUAUAAGCGCACUUGUGUGGAUCUUGGUUUUCAUACAGAUUCUGCCGGACAUGUUCUUUGACAAGUCCAAGCAAAAUUCAUCGGACGAAUGUUUCGAUACUACAACAGACCAGUGGAUAACCGAUUACCUGUCAUAUAGCUUAGGGUGGACUUUCACCGGAUUUGUUGUUCCCCUCCUCAUCAUUUUGCUAUGUUACGGCCACAUAGUUGUUGUCCUAUCUACAAAAACGAAUGUCAACGCUCUGUUGAAGCAACGCUGCUUAAAACUGGUAAUUAUGCUGACAAUUUUGUUUUCGAUUUGUUUUAUCCCUUACCACAUUUUCAGAAAUUUAAAUUUAAAGACGAGGAUUCUAAAGAUGCAGGGGACUUGUCACGAGAGCUUUGAUAACAUCUACGUCGCUCAUCAAGUGAGUAGAGGCCUUGUCUGCAUGAACAGUGCAAUUAAUCCUUUGAUAUAUCUUGUUGGAAACGACGAGUUCCUAAUGCGAAUUCAAAACAUGAACAAACAAGCCUGGACAUCCUUAUUACAAAUCAUAGGGAUUGUUAUCUACCGUAACCCACAGGAGAUGGAUUCUGACACUCGACUGGAAAUACGAAGCGGUGUGGAGAAUCAGCAGUGCUGAUGUCACUGCAAAAUUUGCAGCAGGUUUACUUCUCGUGCAUUAGCAAGUUUAAACAAAAUGUGACCGGCUCCUUCUGCAAACAUCUUGCAAAUACCAUCGUCAUGUACUCAUUUAUUACAGACACGUAAUACCAAAGACCUUAUGAGAGACUUUUCAUAACAAACCUUCUCUACAAAUUAGUUAUGUAUUGUGGUAACUGGCCUAAUAACAAUUCAAACACAAGCGUUCAUGCAAGUGUUAUCGGAUCAAUUUUCUUUGAGUAUCCAAGGAAAAGAGGGUACUUUUAUGUUCAAAAUACGACAGAAUUUCUUAGCAAUGCCCAAGCUCAUCUCCCUUCAUAAGGAAGCUCUGUAUCGCUAGAAGGUAAAAGAUUCAAAAUUACAGGGUGAACUUGAAGAAUGGAGGAGGAAGGAAUGCUACAAGAAAUGGCUCCGACUACCAAAAAAUCGAUUUACCUUUCACACACAAGUUUUUGCCAAAGGUGUACUUACUUGUCUUCGUAAUUGGAUUUAGUGACAUUAAGCAAAGAACGUGGAAACAAUCAUCAGGACAACAUCUUAGCUGAUUAGUCGUUAAAGUGAGUAUAUGAAAAGACAACCAGUUUUUAAAAAUAUUUUUCUUUGGUUCUUUGAAUGUUGGUCUUCUUUCUUGCUGUAUUUUGAAACAACUUUGGAUCAAGGUAAAGCAGCAGAGGAGAGGGUGAAGAGAGGUUACCAUAACAUCUAUUACUAUAACUUCACUCACUGGCAUAUAUUCCCACAAAGUCUUAAUUAUUCACUGGUAGUAAGAUUCAGUGGUUUCAUUUUCGAGGGUGGGGAGGCCUGAUUGCAAUGAGUGUAUGAACUAGUCUAUCCACUAGACUGCCACACUUCACUGCAGUGACGUGUCUGUAUGGCCUGAGACUUGCAGUGAGUGAAUAUAUGCGCAGCCACCCAUCUAGACUCCAAGAUGUAAAUUGUCCAGUGGGGGUAUCCUUAAUAUUCAUGAUCUGGGAUUAUUGUUUUUAUGCAUGUAGUGAGUUUUUGGUUUUCCCCUCACAGCACCUGUCCUGGUCCCAAUCACAAGCAUAUUAAUGUUACUCACCUGUUCCUUGUUUUCUUUGUCACUGUUUAAGUCCACAGAUUCCUUACAUCUGCACUGUACAUUGUCAGAUGACUGAACUUCUGCUCUUCCUCAGUGCAAGCCUGCACCCUAAACUAUUUCUGUUUUCUUUUUACCACUGCAUUGCAGCUUGUUCUUUUGUGUCAUU